AUGUCAAAUUUAUUUUUCAUCAUUAUCCUUUUAUCAAUCAGUCAAAUAGAAACAAUAUCAUAUCCAAUAUCUUAUAAUCUUCCGAGAUUUUGCCAAAAUAUUUCAUGGGAAUUAAAUCCUGAAAAUUUUCCAGAUAAUAACUAUUCGAGUGGUCAUGUUAAUAGUCUAUUCAUUGAUACUAAUGAUACGGUUUAUGCAAGUAUAAGAAGUUUUGCAAAUAUUUAUGCUUGGUUGAAAACAAAAGUACGUCUUCAAACGAACAGUUUCAGUUCCUCUGAUGAGCCAUAUUCACUUUUUGUUACUAAUACAAAUGAAAUCUAUGUUGAUCUGACGAAUAAUUAUCGAAUAGAGAAAACAAAACUGAAUUCAAGUAAUAAAACGAAUGUCAUGAAUAAUUCUGGACCUUGCGCAGGACUUUUCAUCGAUAUCAAUAAUACUUUUUAUUGUUCAAUAACUCAAUCUCAUAAAGUAUUGAGAAAAUCAUUGAAUAAUUAUUCAAGUUCAACUGAGAUCGCUGUUGAGAAUAGAUCAUCAUUAAAUGGUCUUAAUGGCCCUUGUGGAAUUUUUGUUACUGUUAACUUUCGAUUAUAUGUAACUGAAUGUGGAAAUCAUCGAAUUCAAUAUUUUGAAUGGAAAUCAACGAAUGGAACAAUAAUUCGUGCAAGUACUGGAUUAUCAAAUGUUCCACUUAAUUGUCCAACUGGAAUAAUAAUUGAUGCUGAUGAAAAUUUGUUUAUUAUUGACAAUGAGGGAUUCCGUAUUAUUCAAUUUCGAUUUGGGGAAUUCACUUGUAUAAUUGGAUGUUCUCGUGCGGUGAAUAGAAUUACUACAUUACCAAUUUUUCCAGAAACACUUAGUUUUGAUAGUUAUGGAAAUAUUUAUGUAGCAGAUCGAAAUGGUGAUGCUCGAAUUCUGAAAUACAAUCUUCGAACAAAUUCUUGUUAUGAAUCAACAACUACAAAUUCAUUGGAUAUUUCGACAUCAACAAUGUUUGAAUCGACUUCAAUCAUUUCUACUAGUAAUGAAGGUAAUAUAACAUUUCUCACAACAAGUUCAUUCAACAGAAUUUCAUCACCAUCUGUAUUUCUUCCUUCUGUAUGUCCUAAUUCGACAUUAAUUGGUAUUCAUUGUAAUAUAUCUUUAACAUUAUGCGAUCUUUGUCAAAAUAAUUCUACUUGUCAGACUAUAAAUGGAAUGUUUUAUUGUAAUUGUUUAUCUGGUUUUAAUGGAACACAAUGUCAAUUUGAUUAUCGACCAUGUAUAUUAAAUCGAUGUUGGAAUAAUGGAAUAUGUAAUCAAUUGACCAAUAUAACAUUUCAUUGUUCGUGUCAAUUGAAUUGGACUGGAAUUUAUUGUGAAAAAAUGAUUAAUUUUUGUGAAAAUGUCACUUGUGAAAAUGAAGGUGUUUGUCGAUCAUUAUUAGGUGAUUAUCAAUGUGAAUGUUUGAGUGAGAGUUAUUCUGGUCGUCACUGUGAAAUCAAAGAAACAAAAUUGAUUGUUGUUCAAAUGGUUUCAAAAUCUUUUGCUGUAAUUGCCAUUUUGGGAAUGUCAAGUAUUGUGGCGUUUAUUUUUAUUAUGGAUAUUAUGAAAUAUUGUUUUGGUAUUAAUCCAAUACGUGGUGAAUUAGAAAGAAUACGAAGAAAGAAAUCACGAAAAAAGUUCAAAGCGCGUGUGAUUCAAAAAUUCGUUUACAAAGAUAAAACAUUCACCUCUCAAGUUUAG